GCCAAUUUUUUAGAUUUUUGUUUCAAAUUUGCACUUUUGGUGCCCUCAAAGCGAGGCUUGGACGUGACUUACAGUCACGAAGUAAGAUUACACCCCAGUGCAUCUAACUGCUGUUUGAAAUCGCUGUUUAUAACCUCAAUUGUCACGCAAGUUAAAAAAAGUACAGGGUGUCCCAAAAAAUCAGACAUGGUGGUUGGUCACACUCAAAUACUUAACUUGCGUCUUGCAUCACAUGCACAGUAUGAAGUCAGCCUGAAUGCUCUCGCAUAGGCCUGAGUAACUUCAGGGUUAAGUAACGUAAAAAAGAAUGACCAGACACACAAUUAGGUGUGUGUAAAGUUCUACAAAAACUAGGCCUACUCUCUAACCUUAUUUACCCAUUUUUUCACAUCCUAAUAUCAAUUUUUCCAACAGCUAUUCUAUUUUUGUCAAAAAACUGCAGUCUAGCCAUUCAGUGCUGAAUUACAUCUCUGUCACCUCCUCAAGUCAGUUUCAGAAUUGUUGGGUCCGAGCUGAUGCCAAACAAUGGACGUCAUGGAAUUGGGUCGUGUGUUCCAUUGGGGACCUUUGAUUGCCCUGUCUAUAAUCUUCAGCAUCUCAACCAGCUCAAUAGUUUGUGACAUGAUGUGGUGGCCCCUCACAACUACUGGUGGUAUCAUCCAUUUCAUAAUUUACAUCAUGUGGAUGUAUCUGACACUAUAUCAUUUCUUGGGGGGCAUGUAUACUGGUCCUGGACAUGUCCCAUAUGAUUGGAUGCCAGAAAAUGAAGGGGAUGUCCAGUAUCUUCAGUAUUGUGAAAUAUGUGAAACCUAUAAAGCUCCCCGCUCUCAUCACUGCAGGAAAUGUGAUAGAUGUGUGAUGAAGAUGGAUCAUCACUGUCCUUGGAUCAAUAACUGCUGCGGCCACCGCAACCACCGAUCAUUCACGCUCUUCCUCUUCUUUGCACCAUGUGGUUGCAUCCAUUCCUUAGUCAUCUUGGUGUCUUCCCUCUAUAGAGCAGUCAAUGCACAUUAUUAUAUCUACUAUGGCUCUGGUGAUGAACCCAUAGUAGUCCUUGGUCUGAUUCCUUUCCUGGCGUGUAUAUUUGCUACCGGGCUUGCUAUUGGAGUUAUCUUAGCUGUUGGAGGACUUUGUGUUGUACAGUUGAAAAGUAUCUUGAAGAAUGAAACUGGGAUUGAAUCAUGGAUUAUAGAAAAAGCCGAGUAUCGUCAGCAGGCUGAUGAUGAGCCAGAUUUCGUUUAUCCAUACGACCUGGGCAAAUGGGACAACUUCAAACAAGUGUUCACAUGGAAGGGAACGCCAGUGUCCAAUGGUUUAGUGUGGGAUGUUAGAGAGGGAUGUAAUCAAUAUACAUUAACUAUGGAACAAAUUGCCCAGAAGAAGGAGAAGAAAGACCGUGCCAUCCAGUAUACUAUAAUAGAGCAAUAUAGUGGUAGUUGGUUCCCAAUUAGCCGAGGGUUCAAAGUGUGCUGCUGCCCACCAUGUACAGACGAGGCAAGGAUAGCAGUGAAAAAAGGAGACGAGGUACUCGUUACCAGGUGGAAAAAACAUUGGCUUUAUGGCGAGCUGAUCCAUCCUAAGAAAGCAGUUGCACCUCCUCCAACAGGACGUGAUCGAAAGCGAGGUUGGUUCCCAAGAAAGUGUGCCGUUGAGUUGGUCAACAAUGGUUGUACAUUCCCUAAUUUAAGCAAGAAAGAGGACUGAUUGGAGCAAUCUUUAUGUGAAUGGUAGCAGUAAAUGAAGAGCUUUGAUGCAAUGAAAUCACAUGUGAUGAAAAGGCUUGUUUGCAUGUUGAGAGAGAGGAGAUUAGACUUGGUUGUACUGGUUUCUCUUCCAGACUCUCAUCUCCUCAUUGUAAAAUUGGAUCGAAUAUUCUCUGAGCAGGGUGAUGUCAUUCAUACACUUUUAUAUUUUUAUAUUUUGGUAAAGUUUAUCAGAGUCACCUUGGAAUUUCAGGGGUUAAAAUUUGUGAGAAUGUUAGCGUUUGAUAGGUCAAGGUGAUCAGAGUGAGGUUAUCGUGUCUAGGUCGUCACUUUAUUUUAUUUGAGGCAAUAUUUUGUCAAUUGUGCACAUCUUUUUGUAGUUUGAAAUGAUUGUGAUCUGUCACUUUCCAUUGGUUUAUUUUGAGUUGGACACCAUGACUUUGUAUCAUGCAUUUGUAAUUUGGCUUCUACACAACACUCCAAUUACCUGUAAUCACUGGUCAAUUGACUGGGAUUAAUGUGUGUAGCACGUUCCAAUAACCUUAAACCUGAACUCCUACAAAUGCUAUCGGUUUUUUUUAGCCGGUCAAAUGACGUAACGUUGUUCGUCCAUUGUGGUGCAGGGAUUUGCAAAGGUCAUGUAUUAUUACUGUUUGUCAUUCAUGGCAGUAUUUCACAUCAUCUAAUGUAAACCAGGAGGUUUCAAAAGGCCCAAAACUUCAACUGUAAUGCAUUCACCAUUGAAAUAUGCCAGCAAAUGCAAUAUUAAGUCUCCAAUUGAAAAUGAGCAGGAUAUGUGUCUUGACCAUUAUUAACAUAAUAACUAAUAUGGGUAUGGGGAUUUUCAGCGCAGGUCUGAAUUUGAACAGAAAUCUUGGUUGAGUAGGUCAUUAAUUAUGGUUGCUGUAUCAUUCUAGACAAUUCACUGUUCAUUUAUAGAAUGCAUGUGUAUUUACUUACAAGUACUAAUGAUUAAUUUUUCAAUAAAAUUAAC